UGGAUGAACGCGUCGCACCCCUCCAGCGUGAUCAAACAGCACCACAGCCAUGAGUGAAGGCUAUGCUGCCUUCAAGGAGGCCUUCACCCGUCUUUUGGACGUCAAGGUCGCCCGCACCUUUAACCAAGUCUUGAAAGACUUUAUGACCAACCAGGACAUGCAUGCCUUUGUGGACAAACUCAAGGAGAUUUGUCUCGAUCCGCCCGAGCGGACCGAGCUCCUUUAUGUUGUGCGCGCCGUCUUACCCGAUAUCCUCGUUGAAGCUUACGACAAUGAACUCGGCGGGGAACUCUUGAAGAUUGCCCAAUCCCAGCGCGACGGUUCCGAUCUCGAGGAGCCGGCCCGCCGAUCUUACGAGGUUCACUACCUCGGCAGUGGCGGCCUUACUCACAUUCCCACUCUCGACUCUGAAAACGAUCAGGAGAUGCUGGUGGCUGUUCUCCGCGCCAUCUUUGCCAGUGAGCAGACGGCCACCCCCGUCUAUUUGGAGCUGACAGCUGAUAGCAUCCGCUCCGUGGAUGUGGAAAUGGGCCACGCCAUCACGACGUGCUCUUUGGAACAUACUGUCUACUGCAACAUUGUUAACCUUACCGAGUCGGCUGCCGAUACAGUCCUGGUCCUGGUCUAUCAAGAUCCCAUUUACGAGAUUGUCGUUGCACACUAUUACACCUGUAGCCUCGUCUUGGCAAAGGAGGUGGUGGUGGCCGUUUUGGGCGGUGAUAUUGGCACAGACCAAAUUGCCGAUCCCUUCGCUGCCGUGGAAGAGGCCGAGGAGCCGGCCGAGGGCGAAGUUUUUGAAAUUAUGCAGCUUGAGCGCCGACGGCUCAAGCAUCAGCAAGGCUUGGGUGCGGGUCAAUUCGGCAUGGUGAGUCAGUGCCUUCGACUGGCUCCUCCCGACGAGGGCUGCACCUCAUCUCUGAAGGUCUAUCUGGCUGAGCUGUCCGAUGACACCAAAGGCCCUCAUCCCGUCGCCGUCAAAAUCUGCCGCGUGGACAACAAGCACGAAGAUGAGCUCGAGUUUGCACGUGAGGCCGUCGUCAUGCAAGCACUUCAGCAUCCCCACGUGGUUGAGUUGGUUGGCGUGUGUAUGGAGCGAAAGCCGUGGAUGUUGGUUCUAGAGUACAUGGCCUACGGUAACCUCAAGAGCUUGCUCGAGUCAUGCUUGGAACGCAAGCUUCAGCUGACUAGCUUAGAAAUGAUUUACAUGUGUCGACAGCUGGCUGAUGCUUUGAGUUACAUCCAUCAAAAGGGAUUCGUUCACAUGGAUGUUGCCGCACGGAAUGUCCUCUGCGGUCCCAACUGCCUGAUCAAGCUGGCCGACUUUGGUCAGAGCCAACAAAAGGAUGAAGAGGGCCGCUUUGUGCUGCGCAAAGUCAUGCGAUUGAGCGUGCGCUGGAUGGCACCUGAAACCCUGGCUGGCUUGCGCAAGGUCUUCAGUGAGCGCACUGAUGUCUGGGGUUACGCCGUGACCUGCUGGGAGGUUUUUAUGUAUGGGCGCACGCCGUUUACGCGCCUCAAAACUGAGGCUGCACGAGACAUGAUCAUGCGGGGCCGGGCACGGCUCACCUCGCGGCCCCCAACCACGUGUCCCAAGGACAUGUGGGCCGUUCUAUGCACGUGCUGGGACUACGAGCCCGGCAAGCGACCCUUGUUUGCUGCUCAUCGGUGCCUGCGUGCAGAGCUAUCGGAUGCACUACACGAUCUGGAGGAUAAGAGGCGGGGUGAACCGGCUCCUCGUGAUAUCGGUGCUAUGCUCAAGCAAUAA